AUGACUUCACAAGUGUCCAGACUGGACCGGCAGGUUAUCCUGCUGGAGACCGGUUCGACACAGUUCAUUAGGAAUAUGGCAGCAGACCAGCUAGGAGAGCUGGCGAAACAGCAUCCGGAAGAUAUCCUGUCGUUGCUGUCAAGGGUAUACCCGUUUUUGCUGGUCAAGAAAUGGGAGACUAGAGUGACCGCCGCUAGGGCGGUCGGAGCCAUAGUAGCGCACGCGCCACUAUGGGACCCAAACGCCGAAGAAUUGCUGGAACAAGAGGAGAAUUCAAACGGGGAGACGACUGCCAAAAUCAAGUUGGAGCAAGAGAUGCAGCUCAAGCUGGAAGAAGUCAGUGGUGAGAAUGAGUUUAGACAGGACGACAAAAGGCUUAUAUCGUUAGCCCAGUGGAAUUUACACGAAUUGUUCAAAUCGAAUCGAGUUUUACUGGCAUCUAGUGUUAACGAUUUUAAUGAUAGUUGGAAUGCAGGCAGGAAACAGUCUAGAAAAAAUUACGAUAAUGAUGAUGAUUCUAAUGAAGGUACCCCUCCGCGGGAACAAGUUAAGAGUGAGAAUGGAGAAGUGCAGGUGAAGAAACAGGAUUCCUUACGGUCUGCAGCGCCAAGUGCAGCGUCGUCAAAGAAAUCUGCUCGUAUGUUGGCCAUGGCAAAGAGGAAAAAAAAAAUGCAGGCCAAGAGUUCAUCUAGUAAACCAGUGGAUCUGUCCGAGAGUUAUAUAUCCAAGAGUCUUAUGAAUCAACCUAAUGAACUAGAUUCUCCAUCACCCACGACACUGAGUAAUCCAAAAUUAGAUAUUACUGAAAAUUCCGAUGCUAAUAAGAUUAUGGUUGAAUCUAUGAUGGUACCGAUUCUAGAGAAACACGAAAGAGUCGCAGGAUUAGUGUGGCAAUUCCAAGGUGUCUAUGAACUUUUGAUAGAUAACUUAAUGAACGAUGCCUGGGAAAUAAGACAUGGUGCUGCGUUGGGGUUAAGAGAGAUCUUGAAACAACAUGCACUUGGUGUGAGCAGAGUGAAAGGAAAAACCAAAGCGGAGAAUUAUUCCAGAAACACUAAGAGUCUAGAAGAUUGUGCCACUAGGCUUUUGACCGUCUUCGCUCUCGAUAGAUUUGGUGAUUACGUCUAUGAUACCGUUGUCGCACCAGUGAGAGAAUCUGUGGCGCAAACUUUGGCUGCAUUGUUAAUUCAUCUGAAUGAUGAACUAUGUGUCAAAAUUUUCUCUGCUUUGGAACAACUUGUUUUACAGGAUCCUCAAAUUGUUGCAAUGCCCACCAAAAUUUGGGAAGCUACUCAUGGUGGUCUACUUGGAGUUAGAUACUUCGUCAGUAUCAAAACGGAUUUCCUGCUUUCCAACAAUUUACUGGAUCAUGUGGUCAAGAUUGUGCUCUAUGGUUUAAACCAACCAGAUGACGAUGUUCAAAGUGUUGCCGCAGCGAUCCUAUCUCCAAUCACAAAUGUGUUCGUAAAACUCGAUCCUCAAACUAUUGACCUCGUCUUGACUACGAUUUGGUCCUCACUAACGCACUUGGAUGAUGACCUAUCCUCCAGUGUUGGUUCUGUGAUGGAUCUACUGGCAAAGCUUUGUAAGCAUGAUGAGGUCCUUGAUAUACUGAGAAACAAAGCUAUUCAAAACCCAUCGGAGUGGUCAUUCAAAUCUCUCGUACCAAAACUUUACCUGUUCCUACGUCAUUCCAUUUCAUCCGUGAGAAAAGCGGUACUUAAUCUAUUAAACGCAUUCCUUUCCAUUAAGGACGAUUCAACCAAGAGUUGGUUGAAUGGUAAAGUCUUUAGGUUGAUUUUCCAAAAUAUUAUCCUAGAGCAAAAUCAAGACAUUCUUAACCUUUCAUUUGAAAUUUAUUGUUCCUUAUUGAAAAAUUAUAAAUCAAAGCAUACAGAAAAGACUCUAGAUCACGUACUGAGUAAGCAUUUACAACCAAUACUGCAUUUGUUGAAUACCCCUAUAGGUGAAAAUGGUAAAAAUUAUAGCAUGGAAUCACAGUACAUUUUAAAACCAUCACAGCAUUAUCAACUCCAUCCUGAUAAGAAAAGAAGCAUAUCGGAGGCUAAUUAUGAGUCGGAUAUCCCGCCACCGAAGAAUAACGAACGUGUAAACAUUGACGCACCAAUGAUCGCUGGUGAUAUAACUCUAUUGGGGGUUGAAGUCAUCAAGAACACUAGGGUCAUGGGUGCGAAGGCAUUUGGUUUAACUUUGUCAUUAUUUCAAAACUCAACUUUGAAAUCGUUCUUUGAUAACGUCCUAGUACGCUGCCUUGAGUUAUCAUAUGCCACUCCACGAAUGUUGGCUGCCAUUAUCGUCAGCGAAUUUUGCAAAGCAAGAAUGGAGGACGAAUCGCCAGAUUCAAAUGUUCCACCUUUUGUGGAAGAAAUGUUCGGUCCUAUCAUGAAUGAUCAACUUUCUAAUCCUGAAACUUUACCUGUUUUCAGAGAAUUUGUACCAAGUUUGAAGGCAUUGAGAACACAGUGCCAGAGUCUACUAAAUACUUUUGUGGACGUUGGUAUGUUGCCACAACACAAGUUACCAAAUGUACCAGUAAUUUGCCAAGGUGAAACUGACGCGGGCCCAGAGGCAUUCAACCUUCAACUCGCUGAAAGAGUUUACAAAGAUUACUACGAAAAGAUGUUCAAAUCCAUGAGCAACUCCUACAAACUGCUGGCAAAAAAGCCUCUAGAAGAUGCUAAGCAUCGUGUUCUCUUAGCUAUCGAGGUAGCACAAGCAUCAAGGCGCUCACAUAAUUGCAGCAUCUUAGCAAACUAUGCAUCAGCUACUUUGAGGUUUAGUGGUCUUCCAAAGAAACUAAAUCCGAUCAUCAGAGCCCUGAUGGACAGCAUUAAGGAAGAGAGAAAUGAAAUGUUACAGAAUUUUUCUGGUGACUCGAUCAUGUAUUUGAUCAAUGAAUUGGUUGCUCAUGAGAAAGCAACCGUUGCCGAUAAGAUCGUAAAGAAUUUGUGCGGGUUCCUGUGUGUCGAUACGACAGAAGUUCCGGAGUUUGCGGCCAACUCCUCAUUAAAGAAUUCAAUUUUGACUUUGGUGAAGGAAAAUAACUACUUAACAGUUCAAGAUGAUCCUCAUUUGAAAAAACUCGCUGAAGAAGCUCAUGUAAAGCGGAAAGGUGGUUUAUACACUUUGGGUAGACUAUUAGAUGUCCUAGGAGAAAGAGCUUUGGUUGAAGUCUCACAGUUGAGGAAAUCCUUGUUCGAACCGAUCGAUCAAUUUGACGAAUCCAACCAACAGGCUCUUGACAACCAGACUGGCCAAACCAUCGUGGACUCGCUUGGAAUAUUGAGGGCAAUUUUCCCGUUCAUGCAUGAAAAGUUACGGACAGAAGAGGUGGUCCCAAGGUUUCCAGUCUUACUUAAAUUUUUAAGAUCAGAAUUUUCGGUGUUCAGAUAUUCCACAGCGAGAACCUUUGCAGACUUUGCCAAGACAUCCAAUAUUUCUGUUAUGACUUUUAUUAUACGAGAAGUUCUGCCGUUGUUAAACAACGCCGGCUCUGUCAUUGAUCGCCAAGGUGCUACUGAAUUGAUCUAUCACCUAUCGACGUCUUUGGGCACCGAAAUUUUGCCUUACGUUAUUUUCCUCAUUGUACCUUUGUUGGGCCGUAUGAGCGACUCAGACACAGACGUGAGAAGUUUGGCAACAACGACUUUUGCAUCGAUCAUUAAACUUGUGCCAUUAGAAGAAGGGAUUGCUGAUCCUGAGGGCUUACCUGAAGAUCUCAUGGUUGGGCGUGAGAGGGAACGUGAUUUCAUGAAACAAAUGAUGGAUCCUUCGAAAGCUGAACCAUUCAAAAUGCCUGUCGCAAUCAAAGCCACUUUAAGAAAAUAUCAACAGGAUGGUCUGAAUUGGCUUGCAUUUUUGAACAAAUAUUAUUUGCAUGGUAUACUUUGUGAUGAUAUGGGUCUAGGUAAGACUUUGCAGACUAUUUGUAUCAUCGCAAGUGAUCAAUACCUGAGAAAUGAAGAUUAUCAAAAAACCAAAUCUUUGAAAACAAGGCCUCUACCAUCUUUGAUUGUUUGUCCUCCCUCCUUGACUGGUCAUUGGGAAAGUGAGUUCGAACAAUACUCUCCUUUCUUAAAAGUCAUAGUGUAUGCUGGUGGACCAUCGGUUCGUUACCCAUUGAGAGAUAAGUUAUCGGAAGCAGAUGUCAUUGUCACGUCAUAUGAUGUUGCUAGAAAUGAUUUGGCUGUGUUGACAAAGUUUGACUACAAUUAUUGCGUCCUUGAUGAGGGCCAUAUCAUCAAGAACUCUCAAUCCAAACUCGCCAAGGCUGUCAAACAAAUAAGCGCCAAUCACAGAUUGAUUUUGACUGGUACUCCUAUUCAGAACAAUGUUGUCGAACUGUGGUCGCUAUUUGAUUUUUUAAUGCCAGGAUUCUUAGGAACAGAAAAGAUGUUCCAGGAAAGAUUUGCCAAGCCUAUUGGAGCUUCAAGAAAUAGUAAGUCCUACUCUAAAGAUCAAGAAAAAGGCGCACUUGCAUUAGAGGCCCUUCAUAAGCAGGUCCUUCCAUUCAUGUUGAGAAGAUUAAAGGAGGACGUGUUAUCCGACCUACCGCCAAAAAUCAUACAAGAUUACUACUGUGAAUUAAGUGAUUUGCAAAAACAGCUUUACAAGGAUUUUUCUAAGAAACAGAAAAAUGUUGUAGAGAAAGAUAUCGAAAGCAACACGGAUGUGGAGGGGAAGCAACAUAUUUUUCAAGCAUUACAAUACAUGAGAAAGCUGUGUAAUCACCCUGCAUUAGUUCUUUCACCUGAUCAUCCACAAUUGCGUCAAGUUGAGGAAUACUUGAGGCAGACCCACAUGGACUUACAUGAUAUCACGAAUGCCCCUAAAUUAGAAGCUUUGCGUAAUCUACUGUUGGAGUGUGGGAUCGGAGAGCAAGACGUAGAUAAGAAGAAUUCUCAGAAUCAGCUUCCAUCCACAGAAAAUGUGAUAUCGCAACAUCGUGCUUUGAUUUUCUGUCAAUUGAAGGAUAUGCUGGAUAUGGUUGAAAAUGACCUAUUCAAAAAGUAUAUGCCCUCUGUCACAUAUAUGAGGCUAGAUGGUAGUGUCGAACCAAGAGACAGACAAAAGGUAGUCAGAAAAUUCACCGAUGAUCCAUCCAUUGACUGUUUAUUGUUAACCACUAAAGUUGGAGGCUUGGGUUUGAACCUGACUGGCGCAGAUACGGUUAUCUUUGUGGAACACGAUUGGAACCCGAUGAGUGAUUUGCAAGCUAUGGAUCGUGCUCAUAGAUUGGGUCAGAAAAAGGUUGUGAAUGUUUACAGAAUAAUUACGAAGGGCACUUUAGAAGAAAAGAUCAUGGGUCUGCAAAAGUUCAAGAUGAACAUAGCGUCGACUGUUGUUAAUCAACAAAACAAUGGUCUAGCAAACAUGGAUACCCAUCAAUUACUUGACUUGUUCGAUAGCGAUAAUGUUCCUUCGCAAGAAAACGAAGAGGCACAGCCACAAGACACCAAUGGUGCUGGUAUGGAAGAUAUCGCAAACGAGACAGGAUUGAGUGGCAAAGCAAAGGAAGCCCUUGGAGAAUUGAAAGAACUAUGGGAUCCUUCGCAGUACGAGGAAGAGUACAACUUGGAUAACUUUAUCAAGACACUUCGUUAG